UUAAAAGAGGGUGGGAGGGGAAACUGACAGGCUCAGGAGCAAAUGACCGUGGGCAGUUGAACGGCAGCCAGAGCGCCAAGACACCAACUCCAGGGAGAGGCGAAGAAGCAGAAAGUUCGGAAUCAGUCUCCUAGGCUUAGCAAGAUGGGUGACUGGAGCUUCCUGGGGGAGUUCCUGGAGGAGGUCCACAAGCACUCCACGGUCAUCGGCAAGGUCUGGCUCACCGUCCUGUUCAUUUUCCGAAUGCUGGUCCUGGGCACUGCUGCUGAGUCCUCCUGGGGAGAUGAGCAGGCUGACUUCCGGUGCGAUACCAUUCAGCCUGGUUGCCAGAAUGUCUGCUACGACCAAGCCUUCCCCAUCUCUCACAUUCGCUACUGGGUACUGCAGAUCAUCUUCGUGUCCACGCCGUCUCUGGUCUACAUGGGCCACGCCAUGCACACAGUGCGCAUGCAGGAAAAGCAGAAGCUGCGGGAUGCCGAGAAAGCUAAAGAGGCCCGUGGCACGGGUGCCUAUGAGUACCCCGUGGCCGAGAAGGCAGAGCUGUCCUGCUGGAAGGAAGUGGAUGGGAAGAUUGUCCUCCAGGGCACCCUACUCAAUACCUAUGUCUGCACCAUCCUGAUCCGCACCACCAUGGAGGUGGCCUUCAUCGUGGGGCAGUACCUCCUCUACGGGGUCUUCCUGGACACCCUGCACGUCUGCCGCAGGAGUCCCUGUCCUCACCCGGUCAAUUGCUAUGUCUCGCGGCCCACAGAGAAGAACGUCUUCAUUGUCUUUAUGCUGGCUGUGGCUGGACUGUCUCUCUUUCUCAGCCUGGCGGAGCUCUACCACCUGGGCUGGAAGAAGAUCCGACAGCGCUUUGUCAAGCCCCGGCAGGGAACCGAUAAGCACCAUCUUCUUGGCCCCUCCACCAGCCUAGUCCAGAGCCUCACCCCACCCCCCGACUUCCAUCAGUGCCUGAAGAACAACAGCUCUGACGAGAAAUUCUUGGGUGACUUCAGUAAUAACAUGGGUUCCCGGAAGAACGCAGACACUCUAGCUAUGGAGGAAGUGCCGGACCAGGAGCAGAGUUCUGGGGAGGGUUUCAUCCACAUGCGGUAUGGCCAGAAGCCAGAGGAGCCCAAUGGAACCUCUCCAGGCCACCGCCUUCCCCUGAGCUACUACGGUGACAAGCGCCGCCUUAGCAAAGCCAGCAGCAAAGCAAGGUCAGAUGACCUGUCAGUGUGACCCUCUGAGGGAGGGCCAGUCCCGGAAGGGAUCUCAGGAGGCUGCUGGCAGGGAGAAGCAGUCUCUCACAACACCAUAUUCUUCUUCUCAGCACCGCGGGGCUCCUUCUGACCCCAGGUCUGGAUGGCGUUGAUCAUCAGUUCUCAAAAUUACAGUUCGAGAGUGUUCUCAAAGACAGGGCUAGUCCUCAGGUCCUGUCCCUCUUCAUCCUCUACCAGUAUACACAGUGAAGGACAGGAACCCUAGCAAAAUCUGGCCAGGGAAGGACAGACCAACACCAGCAACAUACCAGAUAGGACCUGCAAGUCUUGGCUUUUUUGGUACUGUGUACACUUUUUUUUUUUUUUUUUUGAAGAGCCCAAGCGUCUCAGCCAAUGGAGAGUAUUCAUCAGGCAAUUUACAUUGUAUCAUUCCCUUGAAUUUGUUGUUUCCAUGGACCAUACCCCAGAGUGGAGGUGAGGUAGCUGUGGGCUGCCCUAGGCUACAUCUCCCUCCUCCCAGUCUUCAGGGCUUAGUUACCCUUGGACCUUGGCCAGCAUCGGCUUCACAAGUGCCUCGGACUGUGCCUUCGGCACACAGCUCAUCCCAGUGAUGUCAUAGCCUUUCUGCCAGGAGAGACGCCCCAGCGUAAGGGUGCCAGGACCUCUGGGGGUCACUGUACACACACAUGUCACUGGAAUCGCCACCACCUGUCAUCCCGCAGUCCUUUACAGGUCAACCUGAUGAUAGAGACCAUCCUUGCCUACCUCUGCGGCUGUUCAACCUGUGUUCCUCCAAAACCUUGCUGAACAAGAAUGUCCAAGAAGUCACCAUCCUCUCUUGAAUCCUAGCCAGGUUACCAGCCACCAAGUUCAGCGGAAUUUUCCCAGGAUUUUAGUGAAACAAAGAAGCAUUGUGCUUCUUGGGUUCUCCUGGGAAAAAACAAUUCUGCUGUGAAGAUGAAAAUUAAAAAAAAAAAAAUGAGAGAAGACACUGAAGAGACAUUUCCCCUCCUCCUAUACACA